AUGACAGACUGCAUCCCAGGCGGAUCCUGUGACGCCUUUGCGGACGUGCGUGGCCUCACCAGCACUUGCGACUGCGUUCUGGCGAACAACAGAGCGAAAGGCCGAUCAAGCAGCUGGACAGACUCGUGCAAAGCUAGAAGCUGCUCCACAUGUGGCAAGAAACAUCUGCAACUGCAAACAAGCCCGCGAUCAUUUGUCCAGCACCGUGCAGACUAA